AUGCUGUUCUUCGGUGGCGGAGUUCAAGGCCCGCGCCGUCGCAGCCGCGAGAAAGCCAUCCUGAUCACCAUCUUUAUCGUGUACGCUCUAUACUUUCUCUUUUUCGCCAACACGUCAGGACGCAAACAGGCAGCAGCGGUUCACGAAGGCGUCGUGUCGCAAGGAGGACCGAAUCGCGACUCUCGCUCGGGGCAGGCUACCCCGUUGCGACAGCCGCAAAACAUCGAGAAGGAUCUGGUCGUGGCGAGCAUGAAGAAGGAUGACGUUUCGUGGCUGUUCGAGUUCUUCCCCGAAUGGCACAAAAGUAUUUACGUGGUGAACGACCCGGACGCGGAGUUGACGGUGAAACUCAACAAGGGGAGGGAAUCGAUGGUCUAUCUGACAUACAUCAUCGAUAACUACGAACACCUGCCCGAAUCGAUGCUCUUCAUCCACUCCCUGCGAUACCAAUGGCAUAACGACGACCCCUACUACGACGGCGUCCCCAUGCUGCGCAACUUCCAGCUGCCCUACCUCCAGAAACAAGGAUACGUCAACCUCCGCUGCGCCUGGGUCCUGGGGUGUCCGGUCGAGAUCCACCCACUCACCGACACGCAUCGCGAGAACGUACACGCCGGUGAAUACUACAAGAACGGGUUCAUGGAGCUGUUCCCUGGCGUCGAAGUCCCCGACGAAGUGGGCGUAUCGUGCUGCGCGCAGUUCGGAGUGACGAAAUGGAAGAUUCUCGAGCGACCGAAGAGCGAUUAUGAGCGGUUCAGGAAAUGGUUGUCGGAAACGACGUUGCCGGAUGAUCUGAGCGGACGAAUAAUGGAGUAUUCGUGGCACAUGAUCUUUGGAAAAGACCCGAUCUACUGUCCUUCUGCCGAAGAGUGCUACUGCAAGGUGUUUGGACUGUGCGAUCUCAACUGCACUGAGGGCGACUGUGCUGGUCGCUACGCUCUCCCUCCGUUUUCCAGCCUCCCGCAGGGUUGGCCGUAUAUUGGCUGGAAGGGUCAGAAGCAGGACCCAAGUAAGGGAUUGCCAGAAACCUGA